UGAGAGUAGCACAUGACCAGGCAGUGUUUCAUUCUGUUGUGCAUGGGAUCACUGUGAGUUGGAACCAACGCAAAGGCAUCUAACAACAACAUACGGUAUAAUCACUGAUUCUUUUGUGACUUGUUAUUUUUAACAAACUAUUGUCAGUUAGAUUAAGAAUAAGAAAGAUAAAAUAUUUUAUUUUACCUUCAUUUUUUUUCUCUAGUGCUCUUCCAUCCUUUUUACACAUCCGAGUUUCUGAUGUAUGUAAUUUUACUUCUCUUCUAUGAAGACCUUCCUUUAACAGUUUUUGUAAUAUAGGUAUACCUCCAAAAAUUCCCUCAAUAUUUGCUUGUCUGAAAAUGCCUAUAUUUUUCCUUCACUUUUAAAAAAAGAUAAUUUUGCUAGAUGCAGAUUUCUAGAUUGAUUGUUUUUUCAUUCAACCCUUUAAUAUUUUAUUCUACAGUCUUGCUUGCAUAGCUUCUGAAGAUAAGUCAGCUGUACUUAAUCUUCCUCCUUUAUAGAUGUGUUUUUUGUGUGACUUCUUUUUGAUUUUCUUUCUUGUUUUAUUUUUCUACAGUUUAAAUGUGAUAUGUCUAGGUGUAAAUUUUUUGUAAAUAUUGUGUCUGGUACUCUCUGAACUUCUUAUCUGUGGUUUGGAGUUUUUCAUUAAUUUUGUAAAAAUUUUCACCAUCCUUCAAAUAUUUAAUUUCUUUCCUCCUGGUAUUCUCAUUACACAUAUUAUUUUCCCUUGGCCGUGUCCAAUCUAUUGCUUAUCCCAUUGAAGGCAUUGUUCGUUUCUAUUACAGUGGUUUUGAUUUCUAGGAUUUCCUGUUGAUUUUUCUUAGAGUUUCCAUCUCUCUGCUUACAUUACCUAUCUUUUCCUGCAUGUGGUCUACUUUUUCAAUUGGAAGCCUUUUUUAUAUGAUCAUAGUUGUAUUAAAUUCCCAGUCUGUUAAUACCAAAAUCUCUGCUAUAUCUGAGUCUGGUUCUGAUGCUCGUGUUGACUAUUCAAUCAAUGGGAAAAGUAGCUCGUUCCUCCCUCUUUCCCAGUUAUUAAUAGCUCAUCUUGCUUUCACCCUGUGCUUCAUGUUUGUUGUGUUUUCUGGUGGGUCUUAGGAAAGGAGGUGAAUUUGAUUUUUCUCCACAGAGAAAUUAUCUGAAUGUGGACAUAGCUCUUUCAUUCAUAGAAGAUUUCUUUCUCUUCUGCUCUGUUUUCUGCCCAUUCUGAACCAUAAAUAUAGAGAAGAAGAAGACUGGAUAGGUCAUAGACAAACUGAGGAGAGAGAAGUUCAGUGUGUGUGAAAUAUUUUUAAAUCUUUGAGAUAAGAUGUCAAUAGUCUGGAGGAAAAGUGAAGGGAUGAGACUGAUGGCCAAAUUCCAGAGUAGAACACAGAACCUUGUGUGACCUCCCUAUGAAUUCUCAAUUCUUCAGGACUGUCAGAGUCACUCAUCCUUUUGCACACAUUGGGGAAGAUGGUACCUUGCUGAUUUAGAAUAUGUAUAAUGUUUUAGGAUGCAGUGGUCUUUGAGGAUGUGGCUGUGGAAUUUACCCAGGAAGAGUGGGCUUUGCUGGAUUUUUCUCAGAGGAAACUCUAUAGAGAUGUGAUGAUGGAAACCUUCAGGAACCUAGACUCAGGAUGAUAAUGGACAAACGUUCAUGAAGAAUGACUCCUCAUCCUCCAUGUUGGGAAAAAUUUGUGAAUUCCAUGGCAUUGAGCAUCAGUACAACAAUCAGGGAAGGCAUGUGAGAAUAUUUACAGUAGAGAGCCUCUGUGAAAGUAAAGAUGGCAAAGUAAAUAAAGGUGAAGAAGGUAAUCAGUGUGGAAAAACUUUCACCUCAAUUGGAAAUCUUACUAGUCUCAAAAGAACUGAAGGAAAUCCUUUUGAAUGCCUUGAGUGUGGAAAAGCCUUCAUGGAUAAUUCAUCAUUUAAGCAUCACAUCAGAUCUCACACUGGAUACAAACCUUAUCAUUGUAAGGAAUGUGGAGAAGAUUGCAGGUGUCCUUACCUAAAACCUCGAUUGAGAGAGAAACUUUGUAAAUGUAAGGAUUAUGGGAAACCUUGUAGUUGUUCCUUAUCCCUCACUAGUCAUCUGAGAACUCACAAUGGAGAGAGGCCUUAUGAAUGUAAGGAGUGUGGGAAAGCCUUUAGUUAUCUUUCAAGCCUCAUUAGACAUAUAAGAACUCACAGUGGAGAGAGGCCUUAUGAAUGUAAGGAAUGUGGGAAAGCCUUUAGUUGUUCCUCAUCCCUCGCUACACAUAUAAGAACUCACAGUGGAGAGAGGCCUUAUGAAUGUAAGGAAUGUGGCAAAGCCUUUACUUGUUCCUCAUCCCUCACUACACAUAUGCGAACUCACAGUGGAGAGAGGCCUUAUGAAUGUAAGGAAUGUGGAAAAGCCUUUAGUUGUUCCUCAUCUCUCACUACACAUAUAAGAUCUCACAGUGGAGAGAGGCCUUACGAAUGUAAACAAUGUGGAAAAGCCUUUAGUCGGUCCUCACACCUCACUACCCAUAUAAGAACGCACAGUGAAGAGAGACCUUAUGAAUGUAAACAAUGUGGGAAAGCCUUUAAGCAGUUUACACAACUCACUACCCAUAUAAGAACGCACAGUGAAGAGAGGCCUUACGAAUGUAAAGAAUGUGGGAAAGCCUUUAAGCAGUUUGCACAACUCACCAGACAUGUACGAGUUCACAGUGGAGAGAAACCUUAUGAAUGUAAGGAAUGUGGAAAAUCCUUUAGUCAGUUUUCAUAUCUCACUGGCCAUAUAAGAGCUCACAAUGGAUACAGGCCUUAUGAAUGUAAAGAAUGUGGGAAAGCUUUUAUUCGGUCCUCACACCUCACUACCCAUAUAAGGACACACAGUGGGGAGAGGCCUUAUGAGUGUAAGGAAUGUGGGAAGGCCUUUUUUCGGUCCUCACACCUUACUGACCAUGUAAGAUCUCACAGUGGAGAGAAGCCUUAUGAAUGUAAGGAAUGUGUGAAAGCCUUUAGUUGUUUCUCAUCCUUCCGUAAACAUGUUCGAACUUACCAUGGAAAUAGGCCUUAUGAUAGUAAAGAAUGUGAGAAAGCCUUUAGUCAGUUCUCACACCUCACUGACCAUAUAAGAUCUCAUAGUGGAGAGAACCUGCAAUGCAGUGAAUUAUUAUCAUAUGGCCCUUCUAACCAUGGUCUUGUAACUCCCACAAAAUGAUUCGGUGGGGCCAUGCAAAUAAGGUGCAUGGAACCUUUUUAGAGGAUUGAUCAGUUUUGCCAUCCACACUAGGUUUAAAAAAGAGCCAAUUCCAGAGAGGGAUUGGGGGGCCUCACUCUCAUCAAGACUGGCCAGGAGCAGAGUACAUCCUUUAGACUUGGGGUCCCUAUACUGAGAACAUCCUAGACCCGGGAGAUACAGCUUAACACUGUAGGAGGAAGGACAUGAGAUAGUGAGAUGUGGCAGCAAGCACAGCAGAGAAAUGGGCAGUAGCAGAACCAGGAGACUGGCAAAGACAGCACAGUGGGCUUGCAGAUCAACAGAGAGAGCUGUGUGCCUUCGGGCAGGAUGCUCACUGGCAGGAUGGGGGUGAAUCCAGGCACUUGUGAGCAGAGCUACGCUUCCUGACCAACAGAGCAAAAGAGCUGAGCAUCUUCAGGCAGGAGCCUUCCUGACAGAGUGGGUUGCCUCUGGGCACUUGUUGGCAUGGACAGAGAGCUGUAAGACUUUCUGAAGCAGGGCAGAGGCUGGCGGCAAAGCUCGGCCUGAACAGGGCCUAGCAGCAACAAGGCCCUGACUAGGGUGCAGUGGCAGAGGCCAAGAAGAAGCUGUCCUAAUAGAAGAACUGUAUCCUGAGUUCCUGUUACUUAUCUGUUGAUGCUGUUCCUGAAUUGUAACCUGUUACUUUCCUAAUAAACCCCAUUAAUUGUAUGGUCUGUGAGUUCUGUGUGGCCAUUGCAACAAAUUAGCAGAGCAGUUGAGAGUGCAGUUCUGGUAUCAGACUUGAUUAAAAGCUUGGAGGUAUAUUUCAACUGCACCUCAUAGGAAGCAGCUGUGGGCUGAUAAUGGUGAUUUUCCUCCCCUUAAAGUUAAAAGAUGGCUUCUUAUGCAAUACUAGAUUAUCAUAGUUGAAUCUAACUGUUAGAAAUGUCUGAUUGUCUUAGUUAUCUAGUGCUGCUAUACCAGAAAUAUCAUAAGUGAAUGGCUUUAACAAAUAUAAA